GCUGCGCCGCGCCGCGCUCCUGCGACUGUGAUUCGACUGAAGGAAGAAAAACUCCUGGUGGAGCAUUUGAGAUCCACGUGCCAUAUAAAGAUGCCGUUUAUUAAAGAGGAGAGUGAAGAUGUGAGGAUUGAAGAAGCAUUCAGAGUGAAACAAGAAGAUACUGAAGAACAAACAGACCUGAAGCCACUAGAAGAGGAGAUACUAAAUGAAAAGGAAACAAAAGAGGAGAAACAUAGUGAUUUCAUAACUGGAAAAAAAUUUAGUUGCUCACAGACUGAAAAGACUUCCUCACAAAAAAGAGCUCAAAAGACAGAAACGACAAGUUAUUUUACGUGCUUUCAGUGUGGGAAGACUUUCAAUCAGCCUGAAGACCUUAAAGUCCACAUGAGAGUUCACGCUGGAGAGAAGCUUUUCACCUGCCAAGAGUGUGGAAAGAGUUUUACAGAAAGGGGAAGCCUUACAAGGCACAGGAGAGUUCACACUGGAGAAAAGCCUUACACAUGUCAACAGUGUGGAAGCAGUUUUACUCAAAAAGGAAGUCUGAAGAGGCACAUGAGAAUUCACACUGGAGAGAAGCUGUGCACGUGCAAACUUUGUGGGAAGAGCUUCUCACACAAAGGAAAUCUAAAGAUUCACAUGAGAGUUCACACUGGAGAGAAACCUUUCAUAUGUGUUCAGUGCGAACAAUGUUUUACACGUAAAGAAAGCCUUAAAAACCACAUGAGGAUUCACUCAAAAGAGAACUGUUUUAUUUGUCAACAGUGUGGAAGGAGUUUCCUAAGCAGCAAAAACCUAAUGAGGCAUGUAAUAAUUCACACUGGAGAAAGCCCUUUCAUGUGCCAUCACUGUGGAAAGUGUUUCACACUUAAAGGAAACCUUAAAACUCACUUGAGAAUUCACACUGGAGAGAAGCCUUUUAUGUGCCAAAAUUGUGGAAAGAGUUUCAGACAUAAUGAAAGUCUUAAGAUUCAUAUGAGACUUCAUACUGGAGAGAAGCCUUUCACGUGUCUUCAUUGUGAAAAGAGCUUCACAUAUCAAAGAGACCUGAAACGUCAUUUGCAAACUCAUUCUGGAAAGAAACUGCAGAGUUCUGAGUGUGACAAGAGUUUUAGAAAAAGGAGACAUUUUAAAAAUCAGCUGUGCGUUCAUUCUGGAAGAAAGCCGUUUAAUUGUGAUCAGCGCAGUAAAAAAUGUAUUUUGCUAUCACGCUUGAAGAUACACCUGAAAAGUCAUGCAGAUGUGAGACGCUAUUUGUGUUCCAUGUGUGGAAAGGGUUUUAAAUGGCUCAGCAAUUUAAAAUGGCACCAGAAAAUAUGUGUCUGUGUGAAAUUAAGGCUACGUUCACACCGCAGCACCUUUAAAAUGUGACCUGUAUUAGAUACAGUAAUUGUCUAAACAGGAGAUGCUUCUACAACACUUCUCAUGUCUUUUAUUUGCACCCUGUUUACAAACUAAUUAAAUGAUUAUAAAUAAAAGGACACAAACUUAAUGAGAAAAUAAACACUUAAAUGCUUAUUUAAUUCACCUUUUGUUAAAGAAGGAUGACCAAUAAUUGUCUCCUAUUAAAUUUAGAUAAGACAGAGAUAUUACUUAUUGGACCAAAAAACAAUGCACAAAGUCUCUUGGCUUACAAUCUACAACUAGGCAGAUGUACUAUUACUUCCACUACAGUCAAAACUCUGGGUGUUAAAUUAGGCCAUGUCCACACUAAUACGUUUUCGUUUGAAAACGCAUCUUUUUCUCUCCGUUUUGGCCUUCCGUCCACACUGAGACAGUGUUUUUAGUCAAGGAAAACUGAGCUUUUUGAAAAUGCGCUCCAAAGUGGAUACAUUUGAAAACACUGUUUUUGCAUUGCAGUGUGGACUGUGAAAACGGAGGCUUUUGAAAACAAUGUCGCAUGUUUAGUCAUGUGACGCAUAUUGUACCAGUAGAUAUCUAUGUUUAUACCGGUAAUUGUGGCUGUUAUGUGCUAUUCACUUUCACACUGCUGCUGAAGAUAUAUUUGUACACUCUUCACAUUACAGUCCUAAAAAGAUGACAGAAAAUGUACUCAGUUGCUGUCCUGACUCCUGCAGCUAAACGUGAGGGCAGCUGCUUUUUAGAGCAAACAUGAGAGCGCGCGACAUGGAUGCGUCAGUGAAUGAUGAGAUAUUUCCAAGAAUUGCCAAGAAUUACGUUAAAACGAAUUAUGUCUGUUCCAUCUGUAUUAUCUAAGUGAGUUUUUACGCAUGCACAGUAUGGCGAAUUUAACGUUUUCCUACGUUUCAGUGUGAAUGAGAAACAUUUAAAAAAUGUUUGAAAGCACUAGUGUGGACAGAGAGCGUUUUAAAAUGAAUGGAUUAAUGUAGACUUAGCCUUAGACUGCAACUUCUAAAAAUCAUAUUUCUCAUGUUACAAAAACAGCAUUCUUCCGUCUUAGAAACAUUGCCAAGCUACGAAACAUGUUACCUGUUUCUGACGCAGAAAAGCUAGUUCAUGCAUUCAUGACCUCUAGACUGUACUAUUGUAAUGUACUAGUAGUUGGUUGUCCUGCUUCUUCAAUAAACAAGCUACAGAUAGUCCAAAAUGCAGCUGCUAGAGUCUGUACCAGGUCAAGAAACUAUGAUCAUAUUACCGCAGUUUUAAAAGUCUCUGCACUGGCUACCUAUUAGGUUCCGCAUCAGCUACAAAAUAUUACUUCUUACCUAUAAGGCCCUUAACAGUUUAUCUCCCGCGUAGUUUUUCUACCACGCUACAAUCCAUCACGCUCCCUAAGGUCACAAAACUCUGGACUUUUGGUAGUUCCUAGGAUAGCAACGUCCACUAAGGAAGGUAGAGCUUUUUCGCAUUUGGCUCCCAAACUCUGGAAUAACCUUUCUUGAUAACGUUUGGGGUUCAGACACACUCUCUCCAUUUAAAUCUAGAUUAAAGACACAUACUGUUAGCCAAGCAUUCAAAUAAUGCAUCUCAUAAACUUUUACUGCAGUCAUAACUGAUCAAAUGCACAUUAUUAAUCUUUUAGCUCUGGCUGAACAAAUCUUUCUUUGCUUGGUUUGAACAGCAGCUACGCUAAUUAUGUUCCUAUUUGUUCUCUGUUUCUACCAUGGGAUUGACAUCCCGUGGUAACUAGGAAUUCACAAGCUUCAGUCUGGAUCCAGAACACUUAAGAAGAGAUGAUGCCAACCCCUCAGAGGACUUCAGAUGAUACCAACCCUGAAACGACAUACAGCACUACCGAAUUUUGCUACUAAUUUAUAGUGUUCUUUGUCUGUUUGAUUACAUUAUUAAUUGAUCUUUACCAUACAUCUCUGCCAGAUGUACAUCAACUUGACAACUUGACACUUGUAAGCUACUACUAAAUAUAUUGUAAAAACUUUAAUUUGCUGUAAAGUUGCUUUGCAAAGAUAUGUAUUGUGAAAAGCGCUAUACAAAUAAAUUUAAAUUGAAUUGAAAAAAGAAGGUACAAGUAAACAUAAAUAUGGCUACUGUUUGUGGGUCUUCUGAUGACAUCUGACAGCUGCAGGUGUCUCUCACCCACUGAUAGGUGUUUUGAGAUUAUUCUUUAUGUUUAUGUUUAAUAAAUUAUACAGUUGAUUUUGUGUUAUUUAAGAGUUACAUAAUGGUCAGCAGGGCGGUCUUUAUGGGGUGUCCAUUUGGAAAGCUAGACUGGUUGAAUAUUGCAUAAAACAUUUGUGAAUAAAG